AUGGAGUCGAUCCAGCGUCUGCUCGAAUGGGCAACGGAAAAAGGCGUCGUUAUCGACGGCAUGGGACCCCGGCCACUUCCCGGACGCGGCAUCGGCAUCGUGGCCACCCGAGAUUUGAAGAAAGAUGAAGACAUUCUAACCGUCCCAGUCUGCCUGCUGAGAUCCCUCGCCAACACGCCCGCGCACGUCACCCGCAGUCUCAACGGCGCAACCACCCACGCCGUCCUCGCCACGUCCCUCUGCCUCGAGACCGGCGCCGAAUUCGCCAUCUGGAGGGCCGUCCUCCCCACCCGACGCGAGAUACGCACCUGCAUGCCGCUCAGCUGGCCCCCCCAGCUGCAGAACCUGCUCCCCCCCGCGGCCAGACGCCUCCUCGACCGGCAGCGCGCCAAGUUCGACCGCGACUGGGCCCUGGCGUCGGCGGCGCACCCCUCGCUCCGCCGGCCAGACUUCCUCUAUGCCUGGCUCCUGGUCAACAGCCGGACCUUCUACCACACCACCCCUCUGACCGAGACGCUCCCCAGGGAGGACCACAUGGUGCUGCAGCCCGUCGCCGACCUGUUCAACCAUUCGCCCCUGCUCGGGUGCAGGGUGGCCUUUGACGCGGCCUGCUUCACCAUCACCACGACGCACGCCCACCGCGAGGGCGACGAGCUGUUCAUCCGCUACGGCGCCCACAGCAACGACUUCCUCCUCGUCGAGUACGGCUUCACGCUGCCCGGCGCCGCCAACCCGUGCGACGAGGUUUGCCUCGACCCGUAUCUGUGCCCGCUGCUGUCUGCCCAGCAGCGCGAGCAGCUCGAGGAGGUGGGGUUCUGGGGUAAAUACAUGCUCGACUCGGAGACGGCUUGCUACCGGACGCAGAUUGCCCUGCGGGUGCUCUGCCUGUCGGAUCACCGCUGGAGAGACGUCCUGGACGGAGUGCGCGACGAGGACGAGGACAAAGCUGCAGCAGGCAGGGAGCUGCUCGCCGUGCUGGCGCGGUGCCAAGACGAUGUCGGGUGCAAACUGAGGCAACUGGGUCGGUGUGAAGCUGGAACUGAAGCUAUGAGAGGUGCUCUGAGGCAGAGGUGGCUGCAAAUCAACGAGUUGGUAAAUAGUACAACGCUGCGGCUGCAGCAAUAA